CACACACACACACAAACACCUCAGUAUUUUAUGAACGAAGACGAGUGGGAGGAGAUAAGAGAAGUGAACAGUAAAUCACUGAGAGAGCCAGACGAGUUAACAGAAGGUGAAGGGAAAGAGACACACAGAGCUGAAGAGACUCAGAGCUGAAGGAUGUUGUUAAACAGCACAGAUCUCCUUGGCAAUGAUUCAUUUUCCUGCGCCGCCCCCUCUGUGGAAGGUUACCGCUACUUCGGUGUGUUUUGGGGCUGUUUGGUGACAGUGGUGGGAACCUUGGGGAACGUCCUGACAGUUCUAGCGUUUGCCACUGACGCCCGUCUGCGCACUCGCUUCAACGUACUCAUCGUGAACCUGGCGCUGGCCGACAUCCUGUACUGCACCAUUCUGCAGCCGGUGAGCGUUGACUCCUACCUGCACCUGCGCUGGAGGGGCGGAGCUACCUGGUGUCAAAUGUUUGGGCUCCUCCUUUUCCUGUCCAACAGCGUGUCAAUUAUUUCUUUGUGUCUCAUUGCUGUGAGUCGAUACCUAGUGGUUGCUCAUCGGAAUUCACGAGUGGCACGGCUGCUGCUGUCUCACAAGGGCAUUGCUGUGCUCCUUCUGAGCUCCUGGGCACUUGGUCUUGCAAGCUUUGGCCCUCUGUGGCCUGUCUAUGUCUUUGCACCUCAGGUCUGCACCUGCAGCUUCCACCGCAUCAGAGGUCGCCCUUACACUACCAUCCUGCUAUUUAUUUACUUCUUCCUUGGUUUGGGUUUUGUUGGGCUUUUCUACUUUUUGAUCUACCGCAAAGUGCGUGUUGCCUCAAAGGCACUGAUCAAAUACAGGCCAAGUCGACGUUCCUCGAGGCGCAAACAUCUGGAGCCCGAAGGCACGGAUGGGGAUGAUAGUGGGAUUGGUAUUGGAACUGCAGCGACCCAGAGCAGUGAAGUCAGCGAGCAAGGUGUCGAGGUCCACCACAGCAAGACCAAUGUGAAUGAGCCUCAAACUAUUUCCAGCGUCACCAACACUGUUAAUGUGGCAUCAAAUGUCAAUAAAGAUUCCCCCAAAGCCGUAGCUCCUGUUCCAGCUGCAGCACCACCACAAGCAACAUCCUCAGGAGAAGACAACGAGUUUAAACGUGUAACCCGGAUGUGCUUCACUGUCUUCCUAUGCUUUGUAGGAUGCUUCGCCCCUUUUCUGCUCCUUAACAUUGUGGACAAAAAAAGCCAAGCUCCACAGGUGGUCCACAUGUUCUGUGCAAACCUCACAUGGCUUAACAGCUGCAUCAACCCAUUGCUGUAUGCAGCCAUGAACCGUCAGUUUAACCAGGCCUAUAAAGACCUGCUAGCCAAAGCAGCAUGGCCAAUAAUGCGAUUAUGGAAAAAGCGCUAAAGAACAUAAGGAUCUGGUUUAGGUCUGACUCCACCUCCAGGGCUCUUUGUUUAACUGUGCCAAAGAACAAGGAUCUGGAUCAAGCCGAGCAGGUAGCAUCGAGGAGCAGGUCUGACUUCACCCUCUGGACUAUUUGUUCAACUCUAUUAAAAUACAAGCUGCAGGAUCAGGUCCUACUUUACACCAUGGACCUUUGGUUCUGCAGUGAAGGGAACUUGCAUCAACCUGCAAAGACUCUAAUUAACCAUAACUAAUACUGGGCAAUGCUAUUGACGCACAAAGCUAAACUGCUAACUUGAGCUUGACAGAAUGAUUUACACCAAGACUGUUAGUGACUGAAAAUAAACAGCAGCUAGUUUUAGUGUAUUUACUAACAGAGAAAUGAAGAUAAAGACGUGAUUAAGUGUAAACUAAAGCAUCUAUUUCUGAGUCUUGUGCAUCUUUAUCUAAAUAUUGUGUAUCUUUACUGUGUGUAUUUGUCUGUACGUU